CAUAUGUUACUAUUACAUUCUCACAUGUUUUAGGACCAAAAAACUACUGUAACUGUAAUAAGACAAACUAAACUUUUCAGAGGUUUUGGAUUAUCUAGUACUAUUUGUGUUUUUAUUUGAAGUUUGAAAAAAUUGUUUCCUUGAGAACAAAAGUGAUGAUGGGAAAUGAGAUUAUCUUCUUUUUUGGCUAAGAUUUUGAGCCAACCACUGAACAAGUUCAAAACAAGUUAUUUCAUUGGUAAUUAAUUAUACUUUCUUCUCAAUCAUAAGGAAGAGAGAUGGAUAGGGUUCAAGAGGCAGAAGAAAAUAAUAAAUCUUCAGUUGUUGGUCUAGCAAUCAAAGGUAACAAGAAAAGCAAAUAUGUUGUACAAUGGGCACUUGAUAAAUUUGUUCAUGAAGGGAUAAGUAUCUUCAAGCUUAUACAUGUCAGAGCUGUUAUAACAGGAGUCCCAACACCAAUGGGAGAAGUGCUACCUCUUUCACAAGUGCGUAAUGAUGUAGCAACUGCUUUCAAAAGGGAAGUGGAGUGGCAAACAAAUCAAAUGCUUCUACCAUUUAAGAGUUUGUGUGAGCAGAGAAAGGUGCAUGUAGAUGUAGUAGUGAUUGAAUCAGAUGAUGUAGCAACUGCAGUAGCAGAGGAAGUAGCAAGGGAAGCUAUUACCAAACUUGUCCUUGGAGCUUCAUCUUCUGGUAUAUUUAGAAGCAAACAUAAGGGCAUUUCUGCAAAAAUAUCGGUAUGCACUCCAAGAUUUUGUACAGUUUAUGCCGUUGCCAAAGGAAAAUUGUCCAUACGGCCGUCAGACACAGAGAUUGAUGGAAGCAUUAUAGAUAAUACCAGUGAAACCAGUUUUUCCUCCAGCAGCUCAUCAAACUACACUUCCACCUCUCAGACAGAUUCUGCCUCAGUCGCAUCAUGUAAUGCUUUACAUUCCUAUGCCAAGGAAACACAACGAGUUAGAGCUCACUCGAGUAUGGAUCAGACCCUUCUAAGCACAAGUCCUAGUCUGAAUGAAACUAAUCAUUUUAGAGGCCAGUCCCUAGAUCUUGGAAGAAAGAAUGCUGCUGCAAGUUCUUCCAGAAAAUCAGAUAUCGACCAUGCUCUAAGUCAGGCCUCUAGUUGCGGAAGCAUUUCAGAUACUGAAUCUUUCUUUUAUGAACAAAAUCAUGCCAAGGAUGCGACACGAGUUAAUAGACUUCCCCCAUCAAAUAGGCAGGAAAACAUUAACCUUGAGCUGGAAAAGUUGAGAAUUGAACUAAGACAUGCACAAGGAAUGCAUGCAGUAGCUCAAAGUGAGAACGUUGAUGCAUCACAAAAGUUGAAUGAACUAAACAAGAGAAGAUUAGAAGAAUCCAUGAAAGUGAAGGAGAUUAUGGCUAAGGAGGAGAUGGCCAUGGAAUUAGCGAAUCAAGAAAGAGAGAAAUAUGAAGCUGCAGCAAGAGAAGCUACAUAUUUGAAAGAAUGCGCUGAAAGAGAAGCUGCAGAACGAAAAGAAACAGAAUUUAAAGCUAUCCGUGCUGCCAAAGAGAAAGAAAAACUUGAGGAUGCUCUGAGUGGUUCCACACCUCAGUACCGAAUUUUUACAUGGGAUGAAAUAGUUUCAGCUACUUCAUCUUUCUCUGAAGAUUUGAGACUUGGAAUGGGUGCAUAUGGAAUUGUGUAUAAGUGCACUUUGCAUCACACAACUGUUGCUGUUAAAGUUCUCCAUUCUACUGGAAACUGCAAAAACAAGCAAUUCCAACAAGAGUUAGAGAUAUUGAGCAGAAUUCAUCAUCCAAAUUUGCUUCUUCUUCUUGGUGCAUGUCCUGAUCAUGGAUGCCUUGUGUAUGAAUACAUGGAGAAUGGUAACUUGGAGGACAGAUUACUCCAGAAAAACAGUAAUAGUCCAAUCCCAUGGUUUAAUAGGUUUCAAAUAGCUUGGGAAGUUGCGUCAGCUCUUUCCUUUCUUCACAGCUCAAAGCCACAGCCAAUCAUCCAUCGUGACUUGAAACCCGCAAACAUCUUGCUUGAUGGUAACCUUGUCAGCAAGAUUGGUGAUGUUGGCCUUUCUACAAUCCUUGAUUCAGAUGAAUUAUCUGCCAUGUAUAAGGACACAGCGCCUGUUGGAACACUCAGCUACAUUGAUCCUGAGUAUCAAAGGAGUGGUUUAAUAUCAACGAAAUCAGAUGUUUAUGCUUUUGGAUUAGUGAUCUUACAGUUACUGACAGCAAAACCAGCCAUAGCACUUACUCAUAUAGUUGAAACAGCUAUUGAUGGUGGUAAUUUAGCAGAUAUAUUGGAUCCAAAAGCAGGAUCAUGGCCACUACAAGAGACGCUAGACAUAGCUCGGUUAGCAUUAGGCUGUGCAGAGAUGCGGCGUAAAGAUCGACCUGAUUUGAAUGACCAUGUCCUACCAAUGCUAGAGAGGCUGAAAGAAGUUGCUGAUAAGGCUCAACAUUCUGCUUCAAUAGUUACUAUAAAAUCCAGACCUCCAAAUCAUUUUAUAUGCCCUAUACUUCAGGAUGUGAUGGACGAUCCUUGUGUUGCUGCAGACGGAUAUACAUACGAUCGUAAUGCAAUUGAAAAGUGGCUUGAGGAGAAUGACAAAUCACCAAUGACAAAUAUGGUUUUACCUCAUAAGCAUCUAAUUCCUAAUUACACACUUCUAUCUGCAAUUUUGGAGUGGAAGACCUGAUAAAAUAUGAUACUGGCAUACUACAUUAUUUUUCUCAAUGUUAAUCUAUUUAGUUAAAUGAUUCCUUCAUUGUAGCUAGGCUAACUAGAAAACUCAAUAUGUGAUAGUUACUUGGUUACAGACAUUGUGUGUACCAUACCUAUUGUUUGGUUACAUGAGGAAGAUUGAAUUUCAAGUGUAAAUAAAUUUGAUUCUAUUGUAGGAUUGCGUAUGUGCUUAAGGGAUUAAAGCUGGUCCUUGUCGUAUUAUUGAAGAUUUUAUCAUCUUCUGUUAUUCGAAUACAUAUGUACAAUUCGUUGAAUUGCUUGUUUAUGUCA